AACAAAUUACAAGCAUCAAGCGUCAAUUCGUCCGAUAAGCCGAAUUCUAAUUAGUCGUGUGAAGUCUACGCUUUACCAUAAAGUAGUCGUUGUUUGUAUAGUGUAUACUUUGUUAUUAUUGAACAUUGUAAUAAAUAGAGGCACCGCCACGUAUACUGUGUCAUUUGUAAAUAAAAAUAAUAAGUUCAAGUUAAAGAGGCAAAACUGAAAAAUCUAUUAAAAUGUGCGGUUCAGAUAAGAAAUUGGGUGAAAUACGUGCUCUUAUCCUCGUUGGCGGCUAUGGAACCCGUUUGAGGCCCUUAACAUUAAGUAGACCUAAGCCUCUGGUUGAAUUUGCGAAUAAACCAAUUCUUAUGCAUCAGAUAGAAGCCCUAGUUGAUGCAGGCGUAACACAGGUGAUUUUAGCAGUAUCGUACAGAGCAGAUGACAUGGAAAAAGAAUUGACUGAACAGGUGUCAAAACUUGGUGUGUCUCUUACAUUUUCACAUGAAACAGAGCCCUUAGGUACAGCUGGGCCCCUAGCUUUGGCCCGAGACCUACUGUGUUCCAGCCCUGAGCCCUUUUUUGUAUUAAACUCCGAUGUGAUAUGUGAUUUUCCUUUUAAAGAACUUGCUAAAUAUCAUAGAAGUCAUGGAAAGGAAGGCACAAUAGUUGUCACAAAAGUAGAAGAGCCCUCCAAAUAUGGUGUGGUGGUUUAUAAAGAUGAUGGUGAAAUAGAGAGUUUUGUGGAGAAGCCUCAAGAAUUUAUAUCAAACAAAAUUAAUGCGGGUAUGUACAUCUUAAAUCCAUCAGUUCUCGACCGAAUUGAACUGCGCCCUACAUCAAUAGAGAAGGAAGUGUUCCCAUUCAUGGCGCAAGAUGGACAGUUGUAUGCUAUGGAGUUACAGGGCUUUUGGAUGGAUGUGGGACAACCAAAGGACUUCCUAACUGGCAUGUGUCUGUAUUUGAACAGCUUAAGACAAAAGAACUCCAGUAAACUACACAAUGGGGCUGAGGUUGUUGGCAAUGUAUUGAUAGACCCGACAGCCACUAUCGGUAAAGGAUGUAGGAUAGGUCCCAAUGUGACAAUUGGACCUGGAGUUGUUAUUGAAGAUGGAGCCUGCAUCAAACGUAGUACAAUAUUGCGUGGUGCUUGUGUUAGACAGCACGCUUGGCUUGACGGCUGUAUCGUAGGUUGGCGAUCCGUAGUGGGGCGAUGGGUCAGAAUGGAAAACUGCACUGUACUGGGCGAAGAUGUUAUCGUAAAAGAUGAAUUAUACGUCAAUGGAGGCCAAGUUCUUCCACACAAGUCUAUUGCCUUAUCUGUACCAGAACCACAGAUAAUAAUGUAAAGACUGAACAAGAUUUGACAGUGAAUUUAUAUGUAUUUUUAAUAGGGUAUUCCUCUUUGUUUUCU